AUGACGUUGUGUUGUGUUGAAACGGGUGAAACUGCUUGUCAAGCAGUGCCUUGUUUGCCGUCUGUCAUCAAAUCUGAUAUAACAACCGCAAAAGAUGAUAAUAACAAUAACAUUCAACAACCAAUGAAGGAAGAGGACGAUGUGAGACGUAUGAUGUCUGCUCUUGGUCUGAAAUUAAAGCAGCAACAGAAACUAGUAGAAACAGCAUCAGGAUCACUGAUUCCAAUCAUAUUAUCUAUCACUCCAUUCAAACAUCGAACUCGAAAAAAAAUCUCAAAUGAAAAGAGUGCAGUUCUACCUCUAUGCCUAUUGAGUUUGAAAAAAUAUGACGCUCGAGAACUAAUUCACUAUGUUGUAACGGAAUUGAAAACGAUAUCUAUUGUGAAACAUUAUGAGAAGUAUUGCGUUACCGACAAUUUAAAAAUGCCCAAGAAACAAACAAAACGAUCGGUAGAGAAGACUUCAAAGAGAUCUGUUUGUCCCUCACAACGUCAAGGUGUUUUAAGACCUAAACAUAAAAAAGAUGUUGGAUUGAAUAAACGUCUACAAAAUUGUGCCGUUUCAGAAAAUAUCACAUUAAGAAAAUGUGAGGUUGUUUUACAAAGAUUAAAACGAAGUUAUGUUGAAUAUUUAAUGCAAACUCGACAGGUCGAAUAUAAAGCGAAAUCAUCUUCAGCUAUGAUGAAAUCGAAAACAGCAAUAACUUCAACAACACCCGUGAAACAGUCUCGAUCUAGAAAGAAGAAAUGUCUUUCCAAACGAUCAUCUUUGCCUCUGAAUGACAAUAAACCACAAUCAUCAUCAUCAACAGUUAAACGAAAAUCGCUCACACCUACAUUACCAUCCAUAUUGAACACUUCCAACACGGGAAAACGUCAAAAAAUGAUCAAUAUCGACCACAGUAACUGUAUUAUUGAGAAUGUAACUAAAGCGCCGUGGUUACAAACAGUACAUCCAUCCAAAUUCGAUAGUAUCUGUUUAAAAUGUUUUGUCUGUGACAUUCGAAAGGUCCUCCCAUUUGAUAAUCUAGCGUACGAUCUCCAUUCACAUUGGCAACUUCAUAAAAAGUCUAAUAUUACAUACAAUAUUUACAAUACAGUUAUUGAGAAGAAACGAUUUCGGAUGAUAGAAUAUUUCAUACCACCACAACGACCUGCAAUGGAAGGGAGACCAUUGAAUAUUUUUAUUUCUCAUGGCCAAGAGUUAAAAAACCAAGAAGACCAAGUGGUGAUUAUUAGUGACGAUGAUGAUGAGGAUAUUAUAUGUCUCAAUUAA